CCCUGUCGGUCGCGGCGCGUGCGCUGUGCGGCGGCUCUGACCUUCAGCCGGGCGGCAGCAGCCAGCAGCGGGGAGAGGCGCCGCCAUGUUCUCCCGGGGAGCCGCGGUCCUGCUCUACCAGCCGCAAUGGGGCCAAGUCAGAAAUAUGGCCACUCUAAAGGACAUUACCAGGCGUUUAAAGUCCAUCAAGAAUAUCCAGAAAAUUACAAAGUCCAUGAAGAUGGUUGCUGCAGCGAAGUAUGCCAGAGCCGAGAGGGAACUGAAACCAGCUAGAGUGUAUGGAGUAGGAUCCUUGGCUCUCUAUGAGAAAGCAGAAAUUAAGGUCCCUGAAGACAAGAAGAAACACCUCAUUAUUGGUGUGUCCUCUGAUCGUGGUCUUUGUGGUGCUAUCCAUACCUCUGUUGCUAAGGCCAUAAAAACUGAAGUUAGCACCCUCUCAGAUGCAGGGAAAGAGGUCAUGGUGGUUGGAGUAGGUGACAAGUUAAGAGGCCUGCUUCAAAGGACACACAAUAAACAUUUCCUGGUGACAUUCAAAGAAGUGGGAAGGAAACCCCCCAGCUUUGGAGAUGCUUCAGUGAUUGCCUUAGAGCUGCUAAACUCUGGAUAUGAAUUCGAUGAAGGAUCUGUCAUCUACAAUCGAUUCAGGUCUGUCAUCUCCUACAAGACAGAUGAAAAACCUUUCUACUCUCUUGAUACAGUUGCUGGUGCUGAAAGCAUUAGUAUCUAUGAUGAUAUUGAUGCCGACGUGCUGCGAAACUACCAGGAGUUUACAUUAGCAAACAUCCUUUUCUACUCUCUGAAGGAAUCCACCACCAGUGAGCAGAGUGCCAGAAUGACUGCUAUGGACAACGCUAGCAAAAAUGCUUCUGAGAUCAUUGACAAAUUGACCUUGACAUUCAACCGUACCCGUCAAGCUGUCAUCACCAAGGAGCUUAUUGAGAUCAUUUCUGGUGCUGCUGCUCUGGGAUAAUCGGAAAGCAAGUUUCAGCUAAAGUCAAGAGGUAAAGAAACGAGGAGCUAUUCUAGAGAGUUGGUUUAACCUGCUUAUAUCCAUAUUGAUAAAACUGUUGGUCCAUCAUUCUGUGAAGAAUUAAUGGGGAAAACCUGAAAAUAUUUGUAAAUUAUCUUACAAUAAACCACCUACAUGAAACAAA